AUGGAUUUUCCAGGACACUUCGAGCAAGUCUUUCAGCAGCUAAACUACCAGAGGCUUCAUGGCCAACUUUGUGACUGUGUCAUUGUGGUGGGAAACAGACAUUUCAAAGCCCAUCGCUCUGUUCUGGCAGCAUGUAGCACACACUUCCGAGCUCUCUUUACUGUAGCAGAGGGUGAUCAAACUAUGAACAUGAUUCAGCUGGACAAUGAAGUGGUGACAGCAGAAGCUUUUGCUGCCCUGAUUGAUAUGAUGUACACUUCUACACUAAUGCUUGGGGAGAGCAAUGUAAUGGAUGUCUUGCUGGCUGCUUCUCACCUACAUUUGAACUCUGUUGUUAAAGUGUGUAAACACUACCUUACUACCAGGACACUACCGAUGUCUCCACCUAGUGAUAGAGUUCAGGAGCAAAAUGCAUGCAUCCAAAGAUCUUUCAUGCUUCAGCAGCUUGGGCUGAGCAUUGUGAGCUCUGCAUUAAAUUCCACUCAGAGCACAGAGGAACAACUAAAUGCCAUGAGUUCAUCGAUGAGAAGUAACAUAGAACAACAUACUACCUUUCCUAUCCGGCAUCUCCACAAGUAUAAACAGUCUUCUGAUGAUCAGGCCAGACAGCGAAUCAGACCUACCGUAGAUGAGUCCAUUUCAGAUGUUACUCCAGAGAGUGGACAGUCAGUAGUUCAUUCACAAGAAGAUUUUUUUUCAUCAGAUUCACUGAAGAGUGUGGACAAUUCUAAGGUUGAUGCUGUUACUGAUAAAAAAGCAGAUAAUACUGUUAUGUUUGAUCAGUCUUUUGGUGCUCAAGAAGAUGCUCAAGUGCCCAGCCAGUCAGACAACAACAGAGAAAACAUUUCACAGAUAUCCACCUCAUCUCAGGUAAUACAAGUGGAAACCAGUUUUGAUCAGGAAGCUACUUCUGAAAAAAACAACUUCCCAUGCAAAAAUCCAGAGGUCAGUCUAAAUGAAAAAGAACACACAGGGGUGGUGGUUAAAUCUGAGCCUUUGAGUUCCCCAGAGCCUCAAGACGAAGUGAGCGAUGUCACUUCUCAAGCAGAAGGCAGUGAGUCUGUUGAAGUGGAAGGAGGAGUGGCAAGCACAGAGAAGAUAGAACUGAGUCCUGAAAGCAGUGAUCGUAGCUUUUCUGACCCACAGUCUAGUACUGAUAGGGUGGGAGACAUCCAUAUUAUGGAAGCAUCAAAUAACCUGGAACACAGGUCCACUUUCAGUAUCUCAAAUUUUCUGAAUAGAAGCAGAGGUGGUAACUUUGGUGCAAGUCAAAAUAGCAAUGAUAACAUGCCAAAUACAACAAGGGACUGCAGAAUGGAUGGUGAUACCUCUUACCUAUUGAGUCCAGAGUCAGGGCCUGCUAGUAGUCAUUCCUCUGUUACAGUUUGUCAUGUAGAGAAUCCAUUCAGUGAGUCUGCAGACUCUCAUUUUGUUAGACCAAUGCAGGAUGCAAUGGCUCUUCCAUGUGUACAGACUUCUGGGUACAGGGCUGCAGAACAAUUUGGUAUGGCUUUUCCAAGGUCAGGCUUGGGCCUGCACUCUUCAUCAAGGACAGUGAUGGGAUCUGUAAGAGGUGGAGCUAGUAGCUUUCCUGGCUAUCGUCGCAUAGCCCCCAAAAUGCCUGUUGUGACCUCUGUCAGGAGCUCCCAGCUACAAGAUAACACUUCCAGUUCCCAGCUGUUAAUCAAUGGGACCACUUCUUUUGAAAAUGGACAUCCUUCACAACCUGGUCCACCACAGUUGACAAGGGCAUCUGCAGAUGUUCUUUCAAAAUGUAAGAAGGCCUUAUCUGAACAUAAUGUCUUGGUUGUUGAAGGUGCUCGUAAAUACGCCUGUAAGAUCUGCUGCAAGACUUUUUUGACCCUAACAGACUGUAAGAAGCACAUUCGUGUGCAUACAGGAGAAAAGCCUUAUGCCUGUUUAAAGUGUGGCAAACGGUUCAGCCAGUCCAGCCAUCUAUACAAGCAUUCCAAAACAACCUGUCUGAGGUGGCAGAGCAGCAAUCUACCUAGCACUUUGCUUUGA